AUGACGGAUGUGCAUGCACGAAUUCAUGAAACGAACCCGCAGCAAGGACCGUCGCUUAGAAUAUCCGAUAUUGAAAAUCCUCAACCCUUUGAUCCGACAUUGCCAGUUGCUAGGGCAAUAGCGCGCGAAAGUUGGCUAAUAUGCUUCGAUGAGUUCCAGGUCACUGAUAUAGCUGAUGCUAUAAUUUUGAAGAGUUUAUUUACGCGUCUCUUUAAUGAGGGAAUUGUUUGCGUAGCCACUAGUAAUCGUCAUCCGAAGGAUAUCUACAAAGAUGGAUUGCAUCGUAGCCAUUUAUUGAUCAUUCAUGCGAAUGCAGCUGAUUUGCGAGAAUUAAUCGAUACCAUGAAUAAUCACCUUAUAGGUUUGAAAAAUAUUAAUCGUCCAGUUGAAUCAUGGGACGAUCUUAUGGUAUACAUCAUAACAUCUAAGCUUGAUCCCGAUACAUUGAAUAAGUGGAAUGAAAAGGCGCCAAUUGAUCGUUUACCAACGCUGUCUGAAUUAUUAAAUUUUUUUAAAGGACGUUUUCUGUUAAGUUCUGUUCCUUUACCCGGUGGUGCUCCCACUAACCGUGCUAUAGAGCCAAAAAGGGUUCAAAGAACAGCAAAGUCUUUUGUUACCAUUAAAAAUUGCUGCAGCUUUUGCCAAAAACCGGGUCAUGUUAUAUAUCGCUGUUCUGAUUUUUUAAGCUUAUCUGCUGCUGACAGAUUGAACAAAGUACAUGCACUUAAACUUUGUGUCAAUUGUCUUAAAUUCAAAAAACAUAAUAUAUCUGAUUGCACCUCUAAAGGUCGUUGUCACACAUGUGGCAAAGGCCAUCAUUCACUAUUGGAUUUUGAACGCCCGCAAGUGGCAAUUUACACUGCUUCAAAACAUAAACAAAUCAAUGAAACAAAUCAUAUCGAACUUGCAGAAAAUACAAAUCAUAACAUGAAACGAAAUAUACUAGCUACAGCAAUUGUUUAUAUUAUAUCGAAAUACAACCAAUGCUUUCCUUGUCGUGUUCUAUUGGAUGGUGGUUCACAAAUUAAUAUGAUUUCUGAACGCAUGGUUCAUAUGACCGGUCUAAAACAUCAAUACGCCCCAAAUCAAUUUCAAUGUGCAAAUAAAACUGUGGGAACAUCAAAAUUUAAAUGUAUCACAAAUAUUGAAUCGCUACUUAAACCAUUCUCGGUUACUCUUGAAGCUCACAUAGUUGACCAAAUAAGCGGAACCCUUCCUGAUGCUGAAAUCGAUAUUUCAAACUGGAACAUACCAGAACAUAUACCUUUAGCAGAUGAACGUUUUAAUAUACCACAACGAGUCGACAUUUUAUUGUCCCAUACUAACCAAUACACCUUUAGGCUGUGCAACUCAUUACAAAUAUCUAACGUUCAACAAAAUGAUCACCUGUCUGAUGCUAUUAAAGCAUUUUGGGAAAUUGAAAGUUUUAAGGAAUGUUCACCAAAAUUAUCACAAGGAGAAGAGCAGUGUGAGUUACAUUUUCAAAAUAAUUUUACGAGGUUGCCAGACGGACGGUUUGGUGUAAAGUUGCCUUUCAAAUCAUCAACAUCCUUAUUGGGUUACUCUUACGACAUUGUUUUUAAACGCUUUCUGGCACUUGAGCGAAAGUUUGAAACAAAUAAACAAUUACGUAGUGAUUAUACUAAAUUUAUAAAUGAAUAUAUUCAACUUUCACAUAUGGAAAUUGUACAAUUAUUUGAUUUUUCACAACCACAUUACGUGUUACCUCACCAAUGCGUACAUAAACUUUCGAGUUCCACAACAAAGUUACGCGUCGUAUUUGAUGCGUCAUCAAAAACCACAUCUGGUAAAUCUUUGAACGAGCUUCUUAUGGUUGGGCCAGUAAUUCAACGUGAUUUAUUUACGGUAGCUUUACGGUUUCGAUCUUACACUUAUGUAUUCACAGCUGAUAUAACUAAAAUGUAUCGUCAAAUUGCUCUCGAUCCUGAUGACAGGCGAUACCACUUUGUGUUAUGGCGUUCACAAGGCGAUCGAGCAGUACAGCUAUACCAACUAACUACAGUUACAUAUGGAACUGCAUCUGCAUCAUUUUUAGCCACACGCGCAUUAAAACAAUUAGCUAUUGAUGAACUACAUAAUUUUCCAUUAGUUGCAAAUGCUAUAAACACAAAUUUUUAUGUAGAUGAUCUACUAACGGGUUGCAAUACACUUCAUGAAGCCAUGCAAUUACAAGCACAAUUAAUUUCUAUUUUAUCUAAAGGAGGUUUCAGCCUAAACAAAUGGUGUGCAAAUCAUCAAGAUUUGAUUAAACACAUUCCUAAAGAAAAUCGCCUAAUAUCGCCAGUCAUAAUAAUGGCUACAAUUUUCAUUCAACAAUUGUGGCGGUUAGAUUUGGGUUGGGAUGACGAAUUGCCUAUUGAAUACCAGAUGGCGUGGUCAAAUUUUAGACGGCAAUUAUGUAAUUUGAUCGAUUUAGAAGUAGAUCGCUUAGCAUUCACCUCUGAUGCAAAAUAUGAAAUGCAUGCGUUCUCUGACAGUUCAGAAAGCGCAUAUGGUGCAUGUGUAUACAUCAGAUGUAUAAAUAACGAUACGAAAAUAACUUCAAAUUUGCUUUGUGCUAAAUCAAAGGUGGCACCUAUCAGGAAAUUUAGUUUGCCAAGAUUAGAACUCUGCGCUGCUGUAACAAUGGUACAACUCGUUAAGAAAGUUCAAGAAGUUUAUGAUUUUAUACAAUUUAACAACAUAUCAGAAGACUCAUGCAAUUGGAGUACCUUUAUUGCUAAUAGGGUGCCAAUCAUUCAACAAGUUUCAACACGCUCGCAAUGGAGACAUAUUCCGUCCAAUUUAAACCCAGCUGAUAUAUUAUCUCGUGGUGUGUUACCAGCUGAAUUAAUGCAUUCAACAUUUUGGUUUCACGAGCCAAAUUUUUUAAUGUUAGCUUCGUCUAUUUGGCCACAAUUUCCAUAUAAUUUAAAAUACGAUGAUAACAUAUUAGAAAGAAAGAUGAUAUUAACAACAACAAUUUCACAACAACAUGAUUUAAUCAUUAGUAUUAAAUUUCACAACGAUUAUGUACAUUUGCUUAACACAGUCGCUUACAUGCUGCGUUUUAUAUAUAAUUGUGAAUUUAAGGCUAAAAGAAAAUACAGUUCAUUGGAUGCUACAGAGCUUGACGCAUCUCAUCUAAAAAUUAUCAAAUACAUACAAAUCAUUUCUUUUCAUGCUGAAAUUGCAGCUGUACAAAAGGGUGCUAACCUUAAUGCCAAAAGUCAUAUACAGUCUUUAUCACCAUUCCUUGAUAAUAACGGUUUACUAAGAGUGGGUGGCCGAUUAAGAAACUGUAAUCUGGACUUCAACAGUAAACAUCCUAUACUAUUACCAAAAAAUUAUGCUUUUACGUAUACACUAGCACGUUACUAUCAUAAAAUUAAUCAUCAUGUUGGCCCACAAACAUUACUAAGCAUAAUUCGUCAAUCUUAUUCGCCAAUCCAUGACAAGAACCAUCUUAUGGGCGAUUUAACUGAUUUCAACAAUCAAGACCGUUUAAUGUAA